GGGUCUAAAUAAAGAAAAGCUGAGGGCCUAUUUGAGAUAAUGCUGAUGUUGUUGUGAAUGAAGAUAACUCGAGCAAACUGCUGUUUCACUAAUAUUUUUCCCCACAAUUUUUACAUUUUCUGGUCUUAAACUAUGAUUAUUCUCCCAUCAACCUCCCUUCAAUCUAAACCAUUUUUUCAAUAUAAUGUGGCAUCAUAUUGUCCUACACUCAAGUACUCAUUUUUCCUAAGAAAGCGAAUAUCAUACUACCAUCCGAGAUGUAGUUUAGAAGAACAAAAUAGUGAACAAAAUGCACUUGAAGUGCUCUCAGAAGAAAAAACACUGAGGAGAAUGGUGCUCUUCAUGUUAGUUACAUCUAGUUCUUUUCCAACUUUAUCUUCCUAUGGAAAGACAAAGAGUAAGAACCCAUAUGAUGAGAGACGCUUGUUGGAGCAGAACAAGCGGAGACAACAAGAAAACAAUGCUCCUGAAGACUUUCCAAGUUUUAUCAGAGAAGGUUUCGAGGUUAAGGUGGUGGCAUCUGACAAUUAUAUAAAGCGUGAUUCUGGACUUGUAUACCGAGAUUUUGAAGUCGGUAAAGGUGAUUGCCCAAAGGCUGGCCAGCAGGUCAUUUUCCAUUAUGUCGGCUAUAAUGAGACUGGUCGCCGUAUUGAUAGCACAUACUUGCAGGGAACUCCUGCCAAAAUCAGGAUGGGCACUAAGGGACUGGUGCCAGGAUUUGAGGAAGGAAUUAGUGACAUGAGACCCGGGGGAAAAAGAAGAAUAAUUAUUCCUCCAGAACUUGGACCACCGGUUGGACCUUCAACGUUCUUCAGCGCUAAGCAGUUUGAGGUUUUUGACGUGGAAUUGUUAAGCAUCAAAGAUUGUCAGAGGAGAACCAUAGGAUUUUAUUCCGAUGUCGUCUGCGACUGAGUAGGGAUGGUUCAGAGUUGCUUGUUGACAUUGGAUAUGAGUUGUCUCUAAAACUUUCAUUCAAGCCUUGGAUACAAUAGUGUAUUCUCCAUGUUGAAAUUUUUCACUUUGCUCCCAGCUUUUCUGGGGGAACUUAGAAAGAUCUUCAAUUGCAAAAUAUUAAAAGAAAUUAGGGUUAGAUAUUGUCAGAAAUAUAACAUACUAUGUUCUUUCCAGGGUUUAUUGUUGAGCAUUACUAUUUCUCAUAA